CUGUGGAUCCAGAGCAGAUUUCUCUCUCAGGGUAGAUUUCUCUAUGAUUUGUCUCUGAGGGUAGAGUUGAUUUUCUGUUUUAAGCUCAUUGCUUCAUCAAUAUCUGUGAAAGAGGGAAUCUUGGUGCCUGGGAGGAAUCAUUGAGCAAUUUUGAGUAUAUCUGCUGCUUGAUUUCUUAGAUCAAAUCGGAUUUUUUUUCUUCUCGUCUCUGUCAUAUGAAAGUUGGAAACUGUCUGUAUGGGGUCAGUGGAGUAAGAUUUUACUGGAGAGGGCAGUUGUCCCAGACUCUGAGGAAAUAUCUGAAAAUAGCUAAGUAUCUCAGAAGGUCCUUCACAUGUUCUGAUGGAUUGUGUCCCUGAGUUGGCAUAGACCCUUUCAUGAAAUGCCCCUGAGGGAGUGGUCUUACAAACACCAACAGGCUCAUCUUACAAAGGAAGCCAGAAAUCGGUUGAAUGUCACCAAAUGGGAAGCAGCUUGUGUUCUGUGUCUUAGGGCACAGUGUAGGUGGGAUGGAAGGAGGGUGAAAACAUGCAAAAGUCAUUUCUCUGACCUGCGUGCUUACUUCGGUGUGGGGGACAAGUAAGUUGGAUUCCUGAAAGAGGGACCAGGAGUGGUUAGAAUGAGCUCAGAGGAAAGUUCCUUAUCUCAGAACAGGACAUGAAAGCACUGCAAGAUGAAAGCAAGUGGCCCUGGAGCAGAGUGCCUGGGCUGGUACUGAACAGGUAAGCAGCCGCUGCACUGCGUGCUUUCAUGGGGACAUGACUUAAAGUAGAUGGAGUCAGCUUUCGUCAGAUCCCUGACACCGUCCAUGUAGGGGAAUUGUCAGUCUGAAUUCUGGGUUUGUGAGUCCUCAGAGGGUUUGAAAAAGAAGUGCGGAUCCUGCUCGAAAUAGAGCAAAGCAGUCAGCUAUGCCUGUCCAUUGCAGAGCUGCUUGUGAAGAGCCUUUCCACUGCCAGAGAGGAGGGCAGGGUGAACGUACACCUGGUCUUUCAAAUCAGGGCUGCAAGCACAGAACAUUUGGUGGUUGGAAGAUAAAUUCAAAUUUGCACCUAGAAUAAUUGUGCAGCUACUACCUAUAUUCAUGUUUAUUUGUAUUUAAUCUUUGUGAAAUCUGAAUUCUGAAUUUCAGGAAAUGACUUUCACUAGGACAAAGAUCAAAAGCCAUCCUUAUAUAGCCUGUAUAUCAGGAGAUUACUUCUAAAAUGUAACUCAUGAAUGAUUAAUCUUAAAUGCAAUCAUUGGUAGUAUGUGUAAUUUCUUUUAUGAGCAUAUGAAGCCACGCCUUUCUGUGAGCACAGGGUUUGUGUUUGUACUUCCUCUAUCUACCCCACUGUUCACCAGCUGAGAGUGUGAGCAGCUGAGAGCUUCUGGGCUGCAGUCCCCAUGGCUCCUACAUUCUUACCUGCCCCGCUCCCUCUGUGCCUAUGUCUGCUGCUGGCAUCUGGCUUUUCUCAGGCAGGCAGGCUGCUGGUGGUGCCCAUGGACGGGAGCCACUGGUUCACCAUGCGCUCAGUGGUGGAGCAACUCAUCCAGAGAGGACACGAGGUGGUCACGGUUAUGCCAGAGGUCAGUUGGCAGCUGGGACAGUCACUAAAUUUCACUGUAAAGACUUACUCAACAUCUUACACCUUGGAGGAUUUGGACCGGGAGUUCAAGAAUUUUGCUGAGGCCCAGUGGAAAAUUCAAGAGCAAGGUGUGUUCUUGUUCUUCGCCAAUUCAUCUGCUGGAUUUUUUGAUUUAUGUUUCUCACAUUGUAGGAGCUUGUUUAAGGACAAGAAGUUAGUGCAGUAUCUAAAGGAGAGUUCUUUUGAUGCAGUGUUUCUGGAUCCUUUCGAUGCAUGUGGCCUUAUUGUUGCCAAAUAUUUUUCUCUUCCAUCUGUUGUGUUUUCCCGAGGAAUUUUUUGCCAUUAUCUUGAAGAAGGUGCACAGUGCCCUGCUCCUCUGUCUUACGUUCCCAGAAUUCUCUUGGGUUUCUCAGAUGUGAUGAGUUUCACGCAGAGAGUUUGGAACCAUAUCUUCCAUUUGGAGGAGCAUUUAUUUUGCCCUUAUUUUUAUAAGAAAGUCGUAGAACUUGCCUCUGAAAUUCUCCAAACACCGGUCACAGCAUAUGACCUCUUCAGCCAAACAUCGAUUUGGUUGUUACGCAGUGACUUUGUUCUUGACUAUCCCAGACCCGUGAUGCCCAACAUGGUCUUCGUUGGUGGAAUCAACUGUCAUCAGGGGAAGAAGCCCUUGCCCAAGCAUUUGAGAGACGUCUAAGGAUUUGGAACUGCAAGCAGGAACCUGAGAUUCCCCACAGAGUCAUCCUCACAGCAGUGCCUGUCCAUGCAGGGAUGCUCAGGAUGAUCAAGACAGUUGAUGCCCAUGAAGAGUCAGGGCUAAGGGCCUUGCAGAGAUUCCUUGGCACCUGGAGUGAAAAUUUCAUUGUGAGAAAAGCAUCCUGGCUCGUGGGAACACAAUGUCUAAAUUUUACUGUUUCAGUCUCUGGUAAUAGAAACUUAAAUAAAAUGUACUUUGACUUC